CUGGACCCAGGCAGUUUUGGCUUGCUGUCAUUUUGAUUCAUUUUGAGUGAUGGAGCUGUUGGUAUUCUUGCUUUGUGCCUCUUGGUGCAUGUCAGUUACCGAACAAGCACCUUCAUACUUGAUCACUGCUCCAAAGAUUGUUCGUAUUGGUGUGAAGGAAACAGUAACCAUCCAAAUGUUUGAGGCUCGCGGGAAUUUUGAUGCCUCCAUUUACUUACUGAACCAAAGAGAGAUGGUAGUGUGCUCCGACAGGCACACCAUCAAACUCAACCAUACCAACAACUUUGCUGAAGUCUUAUUUAUCCAGAUCCUCCCAGAAAAUGCCAGGCAAUGUAAAUUAUCCAGCAGGAGCCGAUAUGUGACUCUGGCAGUGGAAAUCCCCAAACUGCUUUCGAGGCGGAGAAUGAUUCACCUCCAUGUUCGGUUGAAACCGUACUUCAUUUUUAUCGAAACCGACAAGCCCACUUACAGGCCCAACGACACAGUACGAUUUCAAACCUUUUCCCUCGAUCACGAGAUGAAGCUGUCAAGUUGCAAUGUUGAUGUAGGAAUUUGGCAAUCCAACGCCAUUGUUGCGAAGGUUAGGAGUCGCAAGCAAGGCCCAACUGCAGUCUGCAGGGGAGAAGUGCAGCUCCCGUCGUCACUGGUUGGAGACUUUGAGAUACGGGGAUCUUCUACAUUAUAUUCCGCCUACCAAGGUUACAAACCCUUUCAGAUAAAGGAGCACGAUGGCAUGGAAGAAAAGAGGAGCAUUGUACCAAAUUUUCUAAACUAUACGAUUAAUCUAACAAAGACAAAACGCUACUUCAUACCUGGAGCUCCUUUUCAGAUUCUGGCGUCGGUGACCUACCUGGAUGGCUCCCCAGUCUCUGAAGUGCCGAUCAAAAUUAAAAUAAUUAUCUCUGCGGGAAAAACCCUCGAAUCUACCCAGGAAGGAUUAACUGACAGUAUUGGUGAACUGAGUCUCUCCUUCAAUGUUCCUGAAAAUGCAAAAGAUAUAUACAUCAGUGCCUCAGCUGGCGAUAUCGCCGUUGGGAAUGACGUGAGCCAAGAAAUAGCAAUCAAGUGCCAUAACAGCAAGCAGGCCUACCUACAUAUCGGUGUCACAAAUGCUCUGCUGUACCCUGGAGACAUCAUAGACGUGACAUUAUCACCUUUCAGUCGAGUAGACAUCAGCGGUGUGAAUUACUUUUACUACAUGGUGCUCAAUAAAGGUAAGGUGCUGCUUUUUGACAGAGUCAGGAAGACUGUGAACACUUCGUUUCCAGUGACGAUCACAGACGAGAUGGUGCCUUAUUUCCGCAUUGUGGCCUACUAUUUUGCAAAUAUUCACGGUAACAAAAGCAUCAUCUCAGACUCUGUGCGUGUGGAGGUGGAGGACCUUUGCAGUUCAAAGUUUCAGGUACAACCUGCCCUGUACACAGACAAUGAUCAACAAGGAUUGCUGCUUUCAGUGUUUUCUAACCAGUUGUCUGAUGUGUUUGUUCGUGCAGUGGACACACAGCUCUAUGGUCCCAAAAGAGACACGAGUAUGUAUUAUCAGGCCUUUUACCGGAAAGACUAUUAUGACUUUGGCUCAUCCUACGGUGGAGGACAAAACUCUGUCAAGGUCUUCGAAGAUGCUGGGCUGCGCCUAAUCUCUGAUCUGAUGGAGUCAACAGAAAUAAGCGGUAGAAACUGCUUUUGCAUGUUAUUUGAAUAA